AUGGCCUCUCCGGCCACCGUAGCCAGCCACGGCGGCCAUCCGGCCGCCACCUGCUCCCCUUCUGUGGCCUUUGGGAGAGCUCCUGCUGGCUUGGGAUGAUAGAGGUACGCCUGCCUUUCCUUCCUCCUCUCCAGUUCCUGGGCGUAGAGAUAGCCCUGCCUCUCACUCCUCCUCUCUAAAUCCUGGCCAUUAAGCUUGAUCGGACCACUGCGCUGUGUCUUCUCCCCUAUCACCGCAUCUCCACGGGUGGCGGGCAGUUCUUCUCGCCUUGAGGAUGAUACAAUGGCCCUCCGCUCCAUUGUCGAGAGCUUCCCCGACGCGAUCGGCUGGGCAGCCACAAUGACUGCCGCAGCAGACAUCCUCUCCCGCGGGCUCUCCUGACUGUCCUCGAUGGCCGAGGCCUUGCAGCAAAUGCAGCCCAUCAUCGCCUGAAGAGAAGACAGGGAAGACGAAGAACGACCCUGGCGACGAUCUGUGCAGCUUUUCCAGCGGAGUGCGGAUCGCGAGGGCGAGGGCCGCCGUCGACCCGGUCAUCGCGCCACUUCUUCUUCUUCCACGUCCAUCGCAACUCCAAGGGGAGGGCAAGAUCCGAAGAACGACGAACAGGGAGCUCCGAGCGAGGGGCAACCGGACGAUCCGCGGAGGGGGCACUAGAUCGACGCAGAGAGCAAGACAAACCCUAGAGAGCUACUAUAAUUUCCCCUUUCCGGAUGGUAUGACGUGACCCAGACGAUGAAAAAAAUAAAUCUGCAAGCUUUAUUCCAUUAAUAAAUAAGGGUUUUGGCGAGGACCUGAGUGGUAGCAGUAUCCAAGGGCACCGUCGCUGCACCGGCGCAGAACUACCACUCCACACACCCCACUUCUCUUCUCUGGUCUCUGGUAUCCCUUCCCUCUCGCCUCCUUCAGCCUUCAAUAAGACCAUUCAUCACUUCGUACAUCUAAUUGCAGCCAUAAAUACAGUUCCAAACUGUUCAUCCUCUCGUCUUUAUCGUCUCAUAAAUCCCCCACCUUCUUCCUCCCCUCCUCGCAGGACGGCCCUAUUUCCUUUACCGGUACCGAUGGACAGCCGCAACAUUCCCCUCGAGCUCCCCUGGAUCACCAAGACAGCGCCAUUAUUGCGCCGCUGUUGCACCCUCUGGGGACGCGCGUGGCUCCACCUUUCCUCUGUCUUUACUCCCCCACUUUCCCCUUCAGCUGCCCGAUCCUCCCCCUUCCCCCCCGGGUAACAAAGGGUUUUCCUCCCUCAUCCAUGCUUAAACAAUCUUCGCAGAUGGAGAGAGAGAGGGGGAGAGAGAGAGAGAGAGAGAUAGAGAUGGAGCUCCUCGUCAGCCCGUCCCCAGCUCCAACUCACGCGAACGACAGAUCCACCGCCCGUCCCCACAGCUCCUCCGGUCACGUUAGAAAGGUAGAACUGGAGCGGGGUUGGGCUGGCUGACCUUAGCGUCUUCCGUUGA